AUGUCAAGACUUUGGUUGGUGGUUAUACUUGUGAGCUGGGUGCCCAGUGCUAAGAUGUUCCAAUCCACAACGAUGUUGGACAUGGCUGAAGUCUUGCUGGAAAAUUACUGCUUCCCGGAAAAUCUGGCCGGUAUGAAAGAGGCCAUCCGGCAGGCCAACCAGAGUGAGGAGAUCCUACAUGUCAGCGAGCCGCACACGCUGGCUGCGGUGUUGACGGCGGGGGUCCAGGGGGCUUUGAAUGACCCUCGGUUGCGAAUCUCCUACGAGCCCGGCACCUCCAUCCAGGACCCAGCGCCCCUCCCUCCCCUCAGCCCCGAGAUGCGUCUCCAGUUGGUGCAGAGCUCUGUCAAGUUUGAGAUCUUGGACAACAACGUGGGCUACUUGCGGAUUGACCACAUCGUCGGGGCGGAGAUGGUCAAAGAGCUUGGUCCCAUUUUGGUGGAGAGCAUUUGGGACCACAUUGUGAGCACCGACGCCCUCAUCCUGGACCUGAGAUACAGUGAAAGUGGAAAUAUCUCUGGGGUCCCCUUUCUCAUCUCCUAUUUCUGUGAGGCUAGCAAUCCAAUCCACAUCGACUCUGUCUACAACCGGCCCUCCAAUUCCACCAUGGAGCUCUGGACACUGCCCAGUGUCCUGGGGGAGCGGUAUAGCCAGGACAAGGACCUGUUGGUGCUGGUCAGCAGCAACACCCGAGGGGUGCCAGAGGAUGUGGCUUACAUUCUGAAGCACUUGGACCGGGCUCUUCUGGUGGGCGAGAGGACUGCGGGCGGCUCACUCAAUGUCCAGAAGUUCCGCAUUGGCACCUCAGAUUUCUUCAUCACUGUCCCCCUCUCAAGGUCCAUCAGCCCCAUCACUGGCCAAAGCUGGGAGGUGAAUGGGGUUUUCCCAGUGGUGCUGGUCAGUGCUGAUAGAGCACUGGAGAAAGCCACCUCAAUCCUAGCCAUCAGGAAGGCAGUGCCCGGUGUGAUUGCCAGGAUAUCCGAUUUGCUGCGCAGCUACUACACCUUUGUGGACCACGUCCCCUCCCUGGUGCGCCGAAUUUCCAAACUGACCGCCUCGGCAGUGAUUUCUGAGCAAGACCUGGCAGCCAAGCUCAACUGCGAGCUGCAGGCCAUCUGUGAGGACCCAAGGUUGACCAUUAGGGUGAGUUCAGUGCCACCCCGAGCCCUGGCGCCCAGCCCUUCGGUGGACCUAGCGAGCGAUGCCAGCUCCCUGUUACACCUACUGGGCUCCAUGUUCCGGGUGGACAUCCUGCCAGGCAACAUUGGUUACCUGCGAUUCGACCAGUUCCCAGGCAGUGCCCUGAUGCCUCUACUCGGCCCGUACCUGGAGGACAAGGUGUGGGUACCCCUGAAGGACACCAGUGCCAUGAUAGUUGACCUUCGCUUCAACACGGGUGGUCCUUCGGAUGCCAUUUCCCUGCUGCUGUCCCCUUUCCAAGAACAGGGCCCCCCCGUCCUUUUCUAUACAGUGUAUAACCGGCUGAGUAACACCAGCCAAGAGUUCUCGACACUCCCAGCCCCGAAGGGGAGCAUCUAUGGCUCAGAGAGGGGUGUCUACGUGUUGACCAGCCACCGCACUGCCUCUGCUGCUGAAGAGUUUGCCUACUUGAUGCAGUCCCUCAAACGGGCCACUGUGAUUGGAGAGAUCACAUCUGGGACCCUGCACCACUCCCGGUCCUUCCCAAUUGGAGAAACCAACCUCGUCAUCACCAUCCCGUUCCUCAACUUCUUGGAUAACAAUGGCGAGUAUUGGCUGGGUGGUGGUGUGGUGCCCGAUGCCAUUGUGUUAGCAGAGGAGGCUCUUGAGAAGACCAAGGAGGUGAUGACCUUCCACGCCAACCUCGUUGAGCUGGUCGAGGAGGCGGCCAACCUGCUCAAUACCCACUAUGCCAUGCCAGAGGUAGCAGCCCAGGUCAGCUCGGUGCUCCACGCCAAGCGGCUGGCAGGGUGGUACCACUCGGUGGUGGACAGUGAGUCGCUGGCCUCGCAGUUGACCCGUGACCUGAAGGAGGCAGCGGCCGACCACCGGCUCCAAGUGUUUUGCAGCAUGUCGGCACCCGAGCCCCCAGAGGAAGCACCCGAGAGCAUCCCAUCGCCGGAAGAACUGGGAGGCAUCCUCCGUGCCCUGUUCAAGGUGGAGGUGCUGCCUGGCAAUGUGGGCUACCUGCGCUUCGACCUCAUGGCAGGGGCUGACACCAUCAGGGUCAUUGGGCCUCAGUUGUUGGAGCAAGUGUGGAACAAGCUGGUAGACACUGAGAGCCUGGUCAUUGACAUGAGGUACAACGUUGGCGGCUAUUCCACUGCCAUCCCCAUUCUGUGUUCUUACUUCUUCGCGCCCCAGCCUCUGCAUCACCUCUACACAGUGUUUGACCAGCCCUCCUCCACCCAUACGCAGAUAUGGACCAUGCCCAAGGUCUUGGGGCAAAGGUAUUCCCCCGAGAAGGACAUCUACAUCUUAACCAGCCACAUCACAGGCUCAGCGGCAGAGACAUUCACCAGGGCCAUGAUGGAUUUGAAGAGGGCGACAGUCAUUGGGGAGCCAACCAUUGGCGGGGCCUUGUCAAUUGGCACCUACAGGAUGGCACACAGUGACCUCUACAUGGCUAUCCCCAACCAGGUGGUACUCAGCAGCGUCUCCGGCAAGGUUUGGAGUGUUUCCGGGGCUGAGCCCCAUGUCCCCGUCCAAGCCAGCGAAGCCCUGCAGGUAGCCCUCAGCAUUGUCAGACUCCGUGCCAAAAUCCCCGGGAUCGUCCGCACGGCUGGGGAGCUGGUGGCUGCCAACUACGCCUCAGCUGAAGGCGGGGCAUCGGUGGCUGAGCACCUCACCCACCUCCUCAGCCAGGACCAGUACAGCGGCAUCAACUCGGAGGUCGAGCUGGCUCUGAAACUGUCCGAGCACCUUCACCAGCUCUCCGGCGACAAGCACCUCAGGGUGGCACAUAUCCCGGAGAACAGAAAGGACCACAUUCCCGGAGUGGUGCCAAUGCCGAUUCCUCCCCCCGAGAUGUUUGAGGACCUCAUCAAAUUUUCUUUCCAAACAAAGGUGUUUGAUAACACUGUCGGCUACCUCCGAUUCGACAUGUUCAGCGACCUGGAGCACAUCACCCAGAUGUCAGAUCUCAUGGUGCACCACGUCUGGAAUAAGAUUGCAAACACUACUGCACUUAUUGUGGAUCUUAGGUACAACAUUGGAGGACCGACCUCUGCCAUCCCGCUCCUGUGUUCCUACUUUUUUGACGAUGGAAGGCCUGUUCUCCUCGAUAGAGUUUACAGCAGACCCACUGACACCAUCUCCGAACUGUGGACAGUUCCACACGUAGCAGGUGAGCGAUAUGGCAGUGGAAAGCAGUUAAUCCUCCUCACCAGCCACUUCACCUCGGGCGCGGCUGAGGAGUUUGUCUUCGUGAUGAAGAGGCUGGGGAGGGCUGUGCUGGUCGGGGAGCUGACCAGUGGCGGCUGUCACCCCCCGCAGACCUACCAUGUGGAUGACACCCAGCUGUACCUGAGCAUCCCGACGGUCAGAUCCUCCAACCCGGACGGAGCGUCCUGGGAAGGGACCGGAGUGACUCCUCACCUCGAGGUAGCGGCGGAAACGGCGCUAGAAAAAGCCAGGGAUAUCUUGAGAAGUCACUUCCACGGAGCCUCCUGAUGUGACUUCGGGGUCGUUUAUGUAUAAACACACAACCCCCAUAGUCAAAUACGCAUGGCGGUUUCACAGAGAAUUAGAAAUCAAUGAUUCAAAUGUAGUUGUCAAUGGACGAACAUUCGAAGCUCAAUUCUCAUUAUACCAGCCUCAGAAAUUCCAAAUGUGUACAGUAUUAAUGUGUGGGUUAUUGAAGGACAGUGAGCCCCAACCUUACACGUUAUGACCCAGUUGGGCCACGCCUUUGUCCGCCUUGUGUUCCAUUGGACUAUACACUAUCCAUGUUCUUCUCGUUUGCCUCAUCAUUCCGCUUUCUCAUGAAGGAAUAUCAUGCGAUGUUUCGGGGGGAAAAGAUUAUUUUGGCGUGAGGAUCGGCGAUUAAUACAAUAAAUCGUUUA